AUGGAUUCAACUAGAGCUCGAUAUUUCUACCCACUGAACCACUGUAAAAUUAUUCACUUGGUGCGGCAUGGACAAGCAAUGCACAAUAUAGCAGCAGAGAAGGAUCGGAAUCUUCUGUUAUCUCCUCACCUUUUCGAUGCACAACUCUCUCCUCUAGGCUGGCAGCAGGCUAGUAACCUGCGAACCCAAGUUAUUGCAAGUGGACUGCUCAAGAGGGUCGACCUGGUCAUCACCUCCCCAUUACUGAGGACGAUGCAGACAGCUAAUGCAGUAUUUGGUGGGGAUGAUCAGUGUUGCACCCCCUCGAUUGUUGCACUUGAGCUCGCUCGAGACCGUAAUGGAGAACGUCCGUCGGACAAGAGGAGAAGUGUGAGCGAGUGUCGAUCUCUUUUCCCAAAUAUUGACUUUUCAUUGAUGGAAAGCGAAGAUGACAAUUUGUGGAGAGCCGAUGCUCGAGAGUCUGAGGAAGAAUUAGGAGCCAGGGGAAUGGAGUUUAUGCAAUGGUUAUGGACGAGGCCAGAGAAAGAGAUUGCUAUUGUUAGCCAUGGUAUAAUGCUGCAGUACAUGCUGUUUGCCCUUGGAAGUGACUGUGAUCUAUCUAUUCAAACUGAGCUCUGCAAAAGAUUUGGCAACUGUGAACUUCGUACGGUGGUUAUUGUUGACAAAAG